AUGGCAGAUAUACAAUCACAAGCAAAAAUUACCGAAAAUUCUGUAGUAAAUUCAAAAGCUGAAACACCAAUGGUAGUUAAUCAAAAGUUAUUAAGUGCCUUAAAUUAUCUUCGUGAUGAACUUGAAAAGGCUCAAAAAGAAAAUAAGGAUGAGGAAUCUGCUUUUUCAGAGGUGGGUGACGACGGUGACAAUGAUCAUGAAAAAAAAAAGUUGAUUGAAGAAUUAAGAGCACAAGUAGAUCAAUUUGAAAAGGAAAAUAAAGAAACUAUAGCAAAUGGACAACAGGAACGAGAUAAGUUGCAAUUGCAACUUGAUCAAACAAGGGAAGAGAAGAAUCAAUUGGAAGUACAACAUCAAAGUUUAAUUGCGAAAUUAGCCAAUUUUAAAACAUCCAUAGCUGAUAAAUUGAAAGCGGAUAAUGAAGAACUUAAUAGGAAGAAACAACAAAUUAAUGAAUUGAAUGAACAUAAUAAAGAACUUAAUAACACUAUUUUGAAGCUACAAGGUGAUCUAUCUACUUCUCUGGAUGAGAAUGAGAGAUCAUCGCAACAAUUAGAAUCUUUACAAUCACAUAUUUUUGAGAUGCAACAACAAUCUUCACAUGAAAUUUCCGAAAAAGAUGAUAUAAUUCGUGAUUUACAACAUAAUUUAGACCGUACAGAAAGGGAACGGGAAGAAUGGGAGGUUAAUGCUAUGGAAUUAAAAAGCGCAAAAGAUGAAUUACUUAUACGUAUAAAACAUUUAGAAAGAGAAAUGGAUGCCUUGAGACUUGAGAAAGAAAAUUUAAGAGCCGAGAAGAACAGUGAAUCUGAGAGUUUAGCUAAUUUACAGAAUGUCCUGGAAGAAUUCGAAGCAGCUAAACAAUCUGAGAUUAGAGAAGCUGUUGAAGGAAUACAAAGACGACUUGCCACUGCUACUAAAGAACUAGCAGAGUUUAAAGAGCGUGCGUUAUUGGCUGAAAAUCAAUUAGCACAAAUAAAAGAGGAGAUUGGCAAAACAUCACAAUAUGAAAAAGAAAUCAAGGAAAAGAAUUUAUUAAUUGGAAAGUUGCGACAUGAAGCUUUGCGUCGUAUGAGGGAAGAGAGUAGUGAGAAUAAUGUGGACAAACGUCUUAUCACCAACCUUUUGAUCGCUUUCUUCAACACACCACGUGGAGAUAGUAAAAGAUACGAAAUUUUACAAUUGAUGGCAAAUAUGUUGCAUUGGACAGAGGAACAAAAAGAACAAGUAGGUUUGAUAAGAAGAGCAUUGACCAACCGGUCUGUAGAAGAUCGAUCAAAUGGAUGGGUAUCAGGAUUGUGGACCCCUACUAUUGAGAGAACACGGAGUCGAUUAUCAGAAGAAGUUCCCAGACCAACUAUUCGUAUAUCUGAAGAUGAAGGUCCCAAAGAGAAAGAUAUCAAUAAACCUUUUUUUAUGGUUUGUGAAGAUAAUGGCUUGGAGAAUAAUGACGAUUGGGAAGAAUCACUUAUAAGUUAG